AGCUGGUGAGGACCUUAUUCCCUUGGCCGUGCAACCCCAAACCCGAUACUGAUCACACGCUGGUCAUCUUAGGUACCUAGACCACACGCAGCAGCUCACACCCAUGGACGAGAAAACGGAGCAAUGCACUUUGCCCUCUCCCUUCCCUUCCUUCUCUUCUCUCAAUGUUCAUCUCUGUGGCGAGCGUCACGUCACUCCUGCUCCUGUCUCUUCAUCUCGUCCUCCUCUAAGAAAUGCAUGGCACACAGAAAGAAGAGAAGGAUGUACGGAUGGCGUAACAAGGCAGCAAAGCACGUAAGCGUACCUGGCGAGCACGGCACCCACUCGUAUUCGUCGAGGCUCGGCUGCUUCCCCUGGCAGGAGCAGCAAAACACCGUCCAUAGCCCCACAAGACACGUUACCCAGCCAGCCUUGUCUCCCGAGUGUGCGGCAUAGCGCCAUGUUUCCUCCUUCUGUUGCUCCUUCUGUUGCUCUUUUGGUGGUGCUUUCUGUGGCUCCUUCCCUUCGCCGAGCUCGCGAGCGGACGAGGCAGAAGACGUGUCCCGGGUGGAGGCGGAAGGCGGGUCCUGCUCGUCCUGAUGAGCCGUCUCGAGCUGUCGCUCACGGCGCUUGGCCUCGGCCUGUAGAAAGGACGGGCGACGUCAUGUCUCUGCUGUUGGCUGUGCCCUGACGGUGUUCGUACCCUCUUUUUCUUCUCACGGAACGACGCCUUCGACUUGUCGCUCAUCCAGCGAGUGCUCACAUAGUCGCAGCUAGCAGAGUGAGGAUCUCUGCAAGAGACAGAGACAGACAGGGAACGACCCUUACAUGCGGACAUCUGGUAAGAGCCCCACAGUGCCUGCAUUGUAGCCAUACCGGAAGUGCCAGCCCGGAGUCGCACCGUGCUCACCGGCCUCCCAUUUCACAUCAGUCCAGCUGCGGGAGAGCUGCACCGUGCCUUUGGUGUUGUAUGUCAUCGGGUACUCAGACCGAUUCUUUAUCCGGCGAUCAACAAACCUUUUCGCGUCCUGCAGGACACGCCACGCCACACGAUACAUGCAUAGACGAUGCUUUUCGAUGGGGUAAGGAUGUCUGCCUGCCAGUGGGCCUCUUUUCUUACCUGGGGCGACAUGGUCUCCGCACAGAUGACCUGGGCCUUUUCCCUCUUGUCUUCUUUGGCUGACUCCUUCGGUGAGCCCUUCUGACAGGGCAACUGGCAGCGCUGAAACGCCAUCCGUACCAGCCAGCCCUCUUAGUUUCCAGGAGCUUUCUUCCGUCGACGCUGUAUCUCAGACUGGCGAAGCCGAACAGGACAAGCUGUCAGCUAAAGAGCGAAUUGAACUUCCGACAAACGCUGAGCUUCUGCGAGUGAAGUUUGAUUCGUGGCUUUUCC